AUGGUUCUUAUCAAUGAUCUCAAGCCUUUUAAAGAGGAAUGGCGAAUUCGACUCAAGCUUCUUCAUACAUGGAAAACAAAGACUGAUUAUGGGGGCGAAUCUCUUGAGUGCAUCUUCGCUGACGAAACGGGUCAAAAAAUUCAUGCCUCAUGCAAAAGAACUCUGAUGUAUCGUGUACAACGCGAUAUACAGCUGGGAGAAUGGAGAGAGCUUGAAAACUUUAAGAUUUCAGCUGCUGGAGGUCAAUAUAGACCAUCGAAAUUUCAAUACAAACUCACCGUCAUUGGAGAUACCAAGAUAAAACCUACUGAUUAUCGUGAUGAAAAUCAGUUCCUCUCUCUAGCAAGUUACGAGGAAAUUGUAACAGGAAAGCUCAAUACAUUUUUUCUGAUUGAUGUUAUGGGCCAAGUGGUAGAUCUUGGAGAAGUAGCUAUCUGUCAAUUGAAAACUGGUGAAAACAGGAAGAGAGUAAACUUUCGUUUGCGUGAUACUAGUGGGAAUGAACUGGUAUGUUGCUUAUGGGGACCAUACGCUGAGCAAAUUGAAUCGCAUGUGGAAGAAUCAAAAGAUGAACCUAUUGUAUGCUUGAUCCGCUUUGCCAAAAUCAGUAAUUUUAGAGGUGAAGUGCAAAUCACCAACGCUUUUGAUUCUUCAGUUUUGAUGCUUAACCCAAUCAUGGAGGAAGCUAUUGACUUUAGACAGAAGAUGUCGCAAACUGAUCUUCCCUUAGCUCUUUUGGGUAGCAGUGAUGAAAAUAAGGUUAUCAAGCAAGUAGUUGAUGAUUGGAAUGAGGUUGACAUUAAGUGUAUUUCUGAGAUAUAUCUUGCUGUUGAGGCACAAUCGACGUACGACCAGAGUUGGUAG